AUGUUACACGCUACUCUUGAGGAUAGAAGUUAUCCUUAUGAUUCAGAUUAUGCUAUGAUUGAAGUUGGCUCCGAUGAUGAGGCAAAUUAUUCUAAGUCAAUGUAUGGUGACGAAUUUGAUUCCAAAGAUGAAUACAUGCAUGUUUUGCUGGAUGGAUCGUUGAUUGUUCUAAGUCAUUAUUUGGUCGUUCAACCAUGGAAAACAGAUUUUUCUUUGACAGACGAUCGAAUUAAUUCUAUUGUAGCUUGGGUUCGCUUUCCAGGGCUACUCACCCACUUAAACCACAAGAAGGUUUUAAGAGCGCUUGGAAAUAAAAUUGAUCAUCUUGUUAAAAUUGACUACAAUAUUGCUCAAUGUGAUAGGGCCCGUUUUGCUAGGAUUGAGGUGGAGGUGGAUCUGACUAAACCCCUAAUCUCUUAUUUUGAGUUUAAAGGAAAAACUCAAAAAGUUGCAUACGAGGGAUUACCAGAUAUUUGUUUUCAUUGUGGUAAAUUUGGGCAUACCAUUAAUCUUUGUGGGGAUAACCCUGCUAACGUGAAUAAACCUCCAAACAAAUCAGACAAAGCCGCUAAUUCUGGUAGAGGUGGCGGAGAAAUGUGCCCUACAGAGGGGAUAAUAUUUAUGGUCCCUGGAUGA